AUCGUCGCGGGGUGCAGUUCUGGUGGCCGGCCGGGAAGCUCAAUGCGCGCGGGGUGGGGGGGGCAAGCAAAGUGGGAGGGGCAAUCCCUCAACUGCCUUUGCCGGUGGGAACCGAUCCGUUUCUCAGCAGCCAGUCCGCAUUCGACUUCUUUCGCAGGAACCAAACACUUGCUCCCCUCCAAGACUUGACUUCAACGCUUUCGAUUUCCGAGCCUCGGGCGAAAGCCGGCGGCGAAUACGCUAAACAGCCCACUUCCCCACGACAACGUGGGGAUGUCGCCCGCGGCUUGUCGUGCCGGUUGAACUGCGAAAUCGCAUGCUCUCCGUUUAAAAGCGAACAGUGUCGCAGUCGUCGAGUCUGUUUCAAGUCAUUCAGAAAACUACUCUGCACAUAACCUGUCACAAUGUCUGCUCCCAAGGGACCCUUCAAGCUCGUCACUGUCAACACCGCUCCCGAGAGGGCCAAGCGCCUCAUCGGACGGGUUGCUGAGGCCCUUUCGGACCGUUACACCAUCAUCCACAUUGACAACUGCGAGAAGAUCGAGGAAGUCGAGCCCAAGGUCAGGCAGCACAUGCCCGAUGUCCUGUUCAGCGCCUCCAUGUGGUCCGCCGAGCAGGCCAACGAGAUCCACUCCAUUGCCCGGUCGAUCAAGCCCGACAUCAAGCUGCACGCUAUCCCCGAGGGCCUCCAGGUCGAGCGCGGCCCCGACGCCAUUGUUGAAUACCUUUGCGAGAAGGUCCCUCCUCUUCUGGACGCCUAAAUAUGAGGUGUCAGUGUACCAAUUUUAGGAAUAAGCGGGGGAUAUCAUGGUGGAUAUGACGACGAUAUCUAUGUCUUGUAUAUACAUUUACUUCGAUGAAGCUCCUGAAAUAGACGAUUUACGAUUCGAGUGUUGAAUAGUGAGAAGAGAACCACCCUAGAGCGCGCAUUUAGGCAUGACAAGUACAUCUGUGGGACAACGGGGCUGUCUCACAGACUUCAGUGAACUUCAGCUAAAUCAGUGCGACUCAGAAUUAACGGAGUCAAGCUGGCGUGCGCGU